AUGCUGAGAGAAGAGUUGGGGUACAAUACUGAUAACCUUAAAGUUGAAAGAAAAACAUUUCUUUAUCGGGCUAUAAUAUCUCGCCUCCGUUCAGAAGGUAAAAUUGUAAUCGCGGUAGCCUCCUGGGGAAUUGCUUCGUUAUUGUUGCCUGGUGGCAGGACAACUCAUUCUAGAUUCAAAAUACCUAUUGAAAUCCAUGAGGAAUCAAGCUACCACAUAAAGAAGGGCACUCAACUAGCUGAACUAAUCAAAAUUACAAGCCUAAUUGUAUGGGAUGAAGCACCAAUGGCCCAUCGUAAUUGUUUUGAAGCACUUGACAGGUCAUUAAAUGAUAUUCUCACAAAUGAUGCUGAAAUUGCUGACAGUUCAGCUUCUCUUUUUGGUAGAAAAACUGUUCUGCUUAGGGGUGACUUCAGGCAAAUACUUCCAGUGGUUGUGAAGGGUUCAAGACAUGAUACCAUGGAGGCUUGCAUCACAAGAUCAUAUCUCUGGAACAGCUACCAAAUCUUUGUCUUGAAAAUAAAUAUGAGACUAUCUACAGCUGGUUUAACAGAGGAGGAAAUGCCAGAGCUUGCAAAUUUUGCCCAAUGGCUACUAGAUGUCGGUGAAGGAAAGGUUGAGACUGUUAAAAGAAAUGAGGAAGAGGAGCAACCUACCUGGAUACGAAUGCUUGACAACAUGCUUGUGCACUCUGAAAAAUGUGAUAUUAAAGAUAUCACUUCUGAGGUUUAUGAUGGAUUCAUGACACUAUACCAAGAUCCAAAUUACUUGAAGGAAAGAGUCAUUGUGAUAGGAACAAAUGAUGCAGUGGAUUUAAUUAAUUCCAAGGUGCUUUCACUGCUUCCUUCAGACCAGAAGUUGUACCUUAGUUUCGAUUCUAUUUGCAAAGUCACUGGAGGCUUAGAAGAAAAUGAUAUUUUAUACCCUCCUGAAUUCUUGAAUUCACUAUCAUUCAAUGGUGUUCCAAAUCAUGAGCUUCACCUUAAAAUUAAUGCGUUGGUCAUGUUGUUACGAAAUCUCAACCAGAGCAGUGGAUUGUGUAAUGGAACUAGGCUAUUGGUUACAAGAUUGGGAGAAAGAGUGGUGGAAGCUACUAUUAUGACGGGCAAUAACAUUGGCGACAAAGUUUAUAUUCCCAGAAUCAUUAUGUCGGCAACAGAGAGAAAAUGGCCUUUUACAAUCAGGCGGAGACAAUUCCCUUUGCGAUUGUGUUAUGCAAUAACAAUAAACAAAAGUCAAGGUCAAACUCUCACAAAAGUUGGGUUGUAUCUUCCAAGACCAGUCUUUUCACAUGGACAAUUCUAUGUUGCUGUGUCAAGGGUUGAUUCUAUUCUUCUUCGUUCUUGUGUUUCAUUUAUUUACUUCUUCUACAUUGAAGAUAUCAUAUAUGCUUCUACACUUUGUCAGGAAAAACUUCAGAGUGUGCCCAAGCGAAAAUAUGCUUUGAGUUGGGUCAUAAAAAAAGUUUCUGGGAAUCCAAGGUCAAAACACAAAAGCAAUACUACGCAUGAAAAAAUAAUCACUUGCAAGACCUAUGGAUCAUAUAUCACAAGGUAUAUUGUCCUAUGUCGAGGCUCACUUGCAGUCAUGGCUCAGAAGAUAUGGUAA